GUCUGUGCCUUGGGUCGAUGGCCAAGAUGAGAGGUACCCUCUGCUUACUCCUUGCUCAGCCCCUGUCUACCCCCUCCACAUCAGACUUCAGCCUCUGGUCCCUCUUGUUGUCCCCAGUGCCUGGCAGCACUAAAUCCAGGAGAGUUGGCACUGCUGCCACUGGUGUGUCUGGGGCUCUUCCAGCCAUGGCACGGUGCCAGUGCCCAGCACUCAUGGUGUUGCUCCCCCAGGAAGCAGAAAGGAACGCACGGGAGCUGGUGGCAGAGGAGGAGCGCAUCAAGAAGAAGGCAGAGAAGAAGAGGCUGAAGAAGAAAAAGCAGAAGGACCGGAAGAAACGGGAGAAAUUGGCACAAGAGCAGAAAAGUGCACUGCAGGCCAAGCCGAGCACCCCGGAUGCAGACGUUGAACACCCUCAAACCAGCAGUGCUGAGAAAGAGUGUCCAGACCCCAACCCCUCUGCAGGCCCCAGGGACUCCUUGGGCAAGGAGGAAGGAGGCCAGAAAACUAGGGUAGAGGAGCUGGAGGAUGAGCUGGACCUGAGCUGCUCCUUCGUCUCCAAAGCCCGGGAGAAAGCAGGUGUCAGGCUGCCAGGGCCCACCAAAGAGAAGCCAGACAGAGCAGACAGCACCAAGCCAGGCAGGAAAGUGCCAGGGAAGGUGCCUAAGCCUGAGCCCCUGGAUACAAGUGUGGUGGAGCAGAGCCUGGUUCUUGCAGGCCGUGGCAAUGAGGCUGCUCAGCAGGGCCGGUACGCCGAGGCGGUGCAGGCCUUCACCGAGGCCGUGAGGCUGAACCCCCAGGAGCACCGGCUCUUUGGGAACCGCUCAUACUGCUACGAGAAGCUGCAGCGCUACGAGGAAGCCCUCAGGGAUGCACAGGAGUCGCUGCGCCUCCAGCCUGGCUGGCCCAAAGGCUUCUUCCGCAAGGGCAAAGCGCUGCGGGGGCUGCAGCUCUACGCUGAGGCCGCCCGCACCUUCGAGAAGCUGCUGCACCAGGAUGGGGCCAAUGCCGAAGUGGCCUCUCAGCUCAAGGCCUGCCGUGCCCUGCUCCUGCAGGGCAGCCACCAGAGCAGCCCAGGAGGGAUUCCCCUGUCCCCAUCACCACUAGAGGCCACAGAGCCACCACUGUCUUCCUCUGGUAAGUGA